AGUCUCUCCAUGGGCCUUCAUCCUGAACUUAUUAUCAUAGUCUCAUAGAGUACCUCUACACAKUGUUUGUUGAACUUUCUCCCUUGAUCGAUCAGAGCAGAAAUUCUUUAAUUAAGGGUACGACUAAAAAUAUAGUUCGGUUUCGUAAACUUUGGAAAAAUAUUGUCUAAUUAAGUGCCUUGCGAACGUGAACAAAGGAAAGCUCAAAAGUAAACAGACUCRUUAGCAUUAUUCCAUUUGUUUUAGCUAUUUGUACGUCUAAGGCUGUUUAGUUCCUAGCAACGGGCUUUUAUUUAGGCUAAAAACGCUGUGAUCUUUGACUCUGUCAGCGAUGUUUAAGCCAUGAUGGUAGCGACAGUGACUCUUGUGGAUGAUACUAAAGACUAUAAAGAGUCCUUCAGGAAGAUACAGGAAUUAAAGUCGGAUCUUUUCAAUGCGUUAAUACUUAUAAUGGAUUCUAAUAGAGUGCUGAAUUGUAGGUUAUAGAAAAACUCAAGGGUAAAAGAGAUGGUUCCAUUUGGAUAGACCAUUACAAUGGAUGUCCUGACAAAUGGAUUAUGGAAAGCAAGUGAUGUUAAUCAGACCGAAUUACUUUCUUUGUUAGGUAGCCAUAARCCACUCGCUGAAUAAUUCUAGCAAGGUUUACCUUAGACAACGASACAAACAAAGUCGUUGUCACGAAGACUUGAAAAAAGAUCAAACAUAUAUGGAAAUAGCCUGAGAUGUUUUCAAGCUAUAUUGACCGACAGAAAUCCAAAGUUGGAAGUUCAGAGAAGUCCCAGAAAGUUCACUCAGCUAAUUGGAAAGAGGAGGUUCAGUUUAGAAAGGAACUUGAGUGUCUAAAUAGACAAGAGAGGCAACGCGUUAGUAGAAUAUCUAUUGAUCAAAGACUGGCUGUAAAUCGCUUUCACAAUAAACUUUCAAAAAGUGUCCUGAUUGCAAAAAAUCAUGAAAAGGCCAUUGCUGAUCUGGAUCAGAAGAGAGAGAAGACUGAAAAGGCGCUUCAAUAUCAACCAGAUCUUUAUCAACACAUGAGGAACAUUCGAUGCCUUAAUGCUUUUCCUAAACCAGCCGUUCCAAGGUUUAAUAAACGAAGAUCGAAAUCUUGUGAACCGRCGAAGAAAACCCAAAAUAUUGACGCUGAUGAUACAAAUAAGCAAGUCAAGGUUGAUACCAAGGUUGGACCUGAGAAAGAUGUCAUGCCAAGACCAAUGACAGCACUGGAAAAAAGAAACCGACUCUGGGAAAGGCAGUUGAAUAGUGUAACUCAGCGAAUCAACCGAGCGCGUAGUGCACCAGCUACUAAAACAUCAUUUUAUAAAGUACCAGAAUUUAAUCCGUUAGAAACUAUUAAGAAGACUGGGGAAWAUGGACGAACUCCUACUAGACAAAGAGGAAGGACUUAUGCUGUAGAUAUGGAUGUUUAUAGGUAUCUACGUGAAAAAGAGAUUUUGAAAGAAAGAGACGCAGUUAAAGCUUUUCUGAGGAGUGUUGAGUCGUUAGAGCUGAUACCCUGGACACCUUUUGACUCAGACAUUGAUCCACAUUCAGAAACAUAUUUGACAUCUAAUAAUAUUGAUGAUGAAGCGAAUACUACACAACAAGAAGAGGGUACGAGUAGGACUUCUAAUAAAACUGAUAAAACUGAUACAAACCGACGACUGUCCGUUAUUGCAAGCAGGCAUCCAACAAAUGCAUGGACGUAAAAAAUAUAUAUUUCAAUUCUGCGAAUAAUUAAGAGAUAAAAUCAYAAUGUAAGCUAUAUUUCUUUAUUGAACAAGGAUAACAUAUUUUGAGCAUAGCUCACUAUKGCUGGGCACUGGUGGACCUGCAAAGCCAUUACAUAAUCUUACCUUUUAUACAAUACAAUUAUACUUAAAAUGUUUGGGUCAUGUGACUACCUGCGACAAUGCAUGCCUCAUAAUCAACAUUCGCCCGCAGACUCGUUGCAGCUUUGCUCUUACAGAUAUCUAUGCAAGAACAAAUGAAUUGCUCAKUGUUUAAAAGAGUAUUACACAAAUGAGUCUGUGUAUGUAGCUAAUGUUAAAUAUUUAUUUAUUUAUUUAUUUACUAUUAGUUAUAUAGCUGAUGCUUGUGUUGGUGUUGAAAGUGUUAGCCAAAGACUUAUACUUCGUUCACAGACUUCUACUUUAGACAUCUUUAAAAGUUGUUUAGUUUAACCCCGCACACGGCUAACUAAKUCAAAUGAUAGUGAUGAGGUCAGAGCAAAAGAAAUGCUUACCCCUCAUUACUGCAGGCUACAUAAAUGCCACAAUCAGUACGRCAAAAUGAGCGAGUCAUAAUUCAGGUGAAAACCAAUAGUCUCAAAAUACAAUUUCAAUGGMAGUAAAGUAAAGGAACGUAGGUUAAAAAAUACAACUAUUAAUAGCUAUUAUUACCGUAACUUAUCAAAAUAAGUUACGCUGUACAGAAACAUUUCAAUUUUCGUCGCGAUGCGAAACAAAAACCCUUAUCUCGAAUAAAGUAGGCACUUCUGCAACUGAUUAAA